UCGCAGUCGGAGUAGCAUUCGGAAUAGCUUCUUCACCAUCUUCAUACACAUACAUAUAUACAUACACAUACAAAUAUAUAUAUAUAUAUAAUAGUAGAUAAAUUGUUAUGCUGCUAACUGAUUACACACACACAUACAUUCAUACAAAAGGUAAAUUUGGAAUCCGAUCGUCGUUUCUUCCUCUCCUCCGCCAUGGAUGCUAAUAAUGUUAAGCGCCCCAAGACUAAGAUCGUGUGCACGCUCGGUCCUGUCUCUCGCUCCGUUCCCAUGGCCGAGAAGCUCCUUCGCGCCGGCAUGAACGUCGCUCGCUUCAAUUUCUCUCAUGGUUCACACGAGUACCACGCCGAAACCCUCAGCAAUCUCCGCCAGGCCAUGGAAAACACCGGAAUCCUCUGCGCUGUUAUGCUCGACACCAAGGGUCCAGAGAUUCGAACGGGGUUCUUGAAGGAUGGGAAGCCUAUCCAACUGAAACAGGGGCAAGAGAUCACAAUAUCCACUGACUACGACAUCAAAGGCGAUGAAAAAAUGAUCUGUAUGAGCUACAAAAAGCUUGCAGAAGACUUAAAGCCUGGAGGUGCCAUUCUCUGCUCCGAUGGCACCAUCACCUUCACCGUUCUGGAUUGUGACAAGAAGAAGGGCUUGGUACGCUGUCGAUGCGAGAACACUGCAGUUCUAGGCGAGAGAAAGAACGUCAAUCUUCCAGGGGUGGUUGUGGACCUCCCAACUUUGACAGACAAAGACAAGGAUGACAUCAUGAAUUGGGGCGUUCCCAAUCAAAUCGACAUGAUCGCUCUUUCUUUUGUUCGCAAGGGUUCUGAUUUGGUUGAGGUUCGCAAGCUCCUCGGUGAACAUGCAAAAACCAUCGUCCUCAUGUCCAAGGUUGAGAAUCAAGAAGGGGUGGCGAAUUUUGACGACAUUCUUGUCAACACAGAUGCGUUCAUGGUGGCUCGAGGUGAUCUGGGAAUGGAGAUUCCAAUCGAGAAGAUAUUUCUAGCUCAGAAGGUGAUGGUAUACAAGUGUAACAUCCAGGGCAAGCCUGUGGUCACUGCAACUCAGAUGUUGGAAUCCAUGAUCAAGUGUCCAAGGCCAACUCGAGCCGAGGCCACAGACGUCGCCAACGCUGUUCUUGAUGGAACUGACUGUGUGAUGCUGAGCGGCGAAACGGCUGCAGGAGCCUAUCCAGAGCUGGCCGUGCGAACCAUGGCGAAGAUUUGCAUAGAAGCAGAAAGUACAAUCGACUACGGCGAUGUUUUCAAAAGGAUCAUGGUGAAUGCCCCGGUGCCUAUGAGCCCGUUGGAAAGCCUGGCGUCAUCGGCAGUCCGGACAGCGAAUUCUUGCAAAGCAGCUCUUAUUCUGGUGCUGACGAGGGGAGGUAGCACUGCGAAGCUGGUGGCGAAAUAUAGGCCGGGGAUGCCGAUACUUUCGGUGGUGGUGCCGGAGAUAAAGUCAGAUGAAUUUGACUGGUCAUGCAGCGGGGAGUCCCCGGCAAAGCACAGCUUGAUAUUCAGGGGGCUGGUGCCGGUUCUGUGCGCGGGGUCUGCGAGGGCGUCGCAUGAGGAGUCGACGGAGGAGGCGCUGGAGUUUGCGCUGCAGCAUGCCAAGAGUAAAGGGCUGUGCAAGGGCGGGGACUCGGUGGUGGCGCUUCACCGGAUCGGAACUGCAUCCAUCAUUAAGAUUGUGACUGUGAAUUGAGUAAAGUAUGAAUUCAUACACAGAAGGAUUGGAUUGGAAUUGAGUUGGGCAGAGGGAGGUGGGUAAGUGUUAGCCUUGCCUCCUCCAUUGAUAUUUCUUCUCAGGGAGGAGCUUUCUUGGAUCCAUUUGAACUUUUUAUUUAAGAUACUCCAUAUGUUUUCAUUUUGGUGGUCUGCCUGUUCAAAGAAUGAGAAUCCCUCCCUCCCUGCUGCUGCUGCUUGGACAGGUGCAUA